CGGCUUGUCAAGGGUUAAGGGUGAGAGAAGUAGCGAGAUAAAGAUGGAAAAUUUGUAGUAGUUCCUAGUGACUUUUCAUGGGAAAGUAUUGUCCUGCCUGGGGGGAUUUGGCGGUUGCCCCAAGAUGGCGGACUCGGUUGGCGUGCGACAAGCACGAGCUGAAAAGUGCCGAGAACACGAUUCGUUCGUGAUUCUGUGUUAAAUCGGUAUCGUGAGUUUCAUUCGUGGAUAGCACGAGGAUCGUUGACGAAGAGGACACGCUCGAAUAACAUAGGGUAGUCACCUUCGAUUUUCGAGUUGUACAGAAAAGUAUGUUUGGCAUCAUACAUGUGCUACUGUUCUGCUGCAUAGUCGCCAAGUGUAUGCCGUGGUCGUAAGGAGGCACGAAAUGAUUCCACCAGAAAUAAAAUCCAUUCGUAACCCACUUGGAAACCCGUGGAACGGUGUGAACCUGUGCUAGCUAUCGUUGCAACUUUCUCAAACUCUGAUCCAUCUAUAAGGGAGCUGCGGUUAUUCUUCUGCUAACUUGUACAGUCGCAAACGAAUGAGUCAAAAAGUAACAGAAGAUUAGAAAAAAAGAAAAGAAGAAAAAGAAGGAGGAUAUACGUGUACAUAUAGAUCUAUAUCUCAUUUAAAAAGAAAAAGAUAAGCAUCAAAGAUCGUAUCAAGACCAAAGAUAAAGCCGAAGAGAGAAAGAUUGAGAGAGAGAGAAGAAGAAGAAGAAAGAAAGAAGAAAAGGGAAAUAAUUGAAGAAGAGGUGUUCUUAAGAAGCUUCCAAAAGAAAAGACAUCAUAGAACGUCGUAUAUAUAAAACGUUCUUGAUAUUAUUGAAAAUAAGAAUUUAAUUAAGAAUUAUUGUAUUUUGAACGAAGAAGAAAUAAAAAAGAAGAAGAAAGUAGACGCGUCAAAAUGAGUACAAUAAGUAGCAGUCAGACUACGUCCGUGAAGGAAUUCUACAGGGAUAGAAGCAUCUUCGUGACUGGCGUUACUGGAUUUAUGGGCAAAGUCCUUGUCGAGAAACUACUCAGAUCUUGCCCAAUAAAAAACAUUUAUGUCUUGAUAAGAAAUAAAAAGGGGCAGGAUGCACACCAGAGGUUGCGGGCACUCUUGAAUGGACCGCUGUUCGAUAAACUACGUCGAGACGCACCGAAUGAGCUUCUGAAGGUAAUCGCCGUGCCUGGAGACAUCACGGAACACGAACUGGGUAUUUCAGAAUCUGAUCAGAACGUCCUAAUAAGAAACGUGUCAGUCGUCUUUCAUUCUGCCGCUACUGUGAAGUUUGAUGAGGCACUCAAGAUUUCGGUUACUAUUAACAUGGUCGGCACUAAACAGCUAUUGAAUCUGUGUCAUCGUAUGCAAAAUUUAGAGGCGCUGAUCCAUGUUUCAACGGCAUAUUGCAACUGUGACCGUAAGGACAUCGCUGAAGAAAUCUAUCCUCUUAUAGCUGAACCAGAACAAAUAUUCGCUUUGACGAAGGUGAUGGAUGACAAGAUGGUUGACGAUAUAACACCAAUUUUAAUCGGCAAACGACCGAAUACCUAUACAUUUACCAAAGCCCUAGCGGAAAGAAUGUUGGAAGCAGAAUCUGAUUAUUUACCGAUUUCAAUUGUGAGACCCACUAUAGUUCUAUCAUCGUUUAGAGAACCAGUUGCCGGAUGGUUAGAUAAUUGGAACGGACCAACUGGACUUAUCGCCGCAGCUGGCAAAGGUUUCUUCAGGACUAUGCUUUGUCGGGGAGAAAUGGUAGCUGAUAUAGUGCCGGUCGACAUAGUGAUCAAUUUGAUGAUCGUCGCAGCAUGGAAGACCGCGACGAAUCGCACGAAGACGAUUCCCAUAUACAAUUGCUGCACAGGCCAACAAAACCCGAUCACCUGGAGGAAGUUCGUUGAACUGUCAUUCAAGUAUAGCCGAAUGCACCCAUACAACGAUGUGAUUUGGUACCCAGGUGGCAGGUGCCACAAUUCCGCUUUAGUGAACAAAAUAUGCAUGCUCAUCCAGCACAUUGUACCGGCGCACAUUUUAGACUUUACUCUUCGACUGAAGGGCAAGACGGCCAAUAUGGUCACAUUACAAUCGAAACUCGAGAAAGCUACCAAAUACUUGGAGUACUUUACUACGCAACAAUGGAAAUUCAAAGAUGAUAAUGUCCGAGAAUUAAACGAAGAGCUUAGUCUCGAGGAUCGCCAGACAUUUACAUUCGACGUUAGGCAAAUUGACUGGGCUUCAUACUUGGAACACUAUAUUUUGGGAAUUCGGCACUUCCUCCUCAAGGAGAACCCGGACACACUGCCAGCUGCUCGUGUGCAUCUUAAGAAAUUAUACUGGAUUCACAAAGCUGUGCAAUUCGGGGUGCUAUUAGUACUACUGCGUUUUCUGUUGUUUCGAAGUACCGUGACCCAAAACGCAUGUUAUUCAUUGGUGUCUCUGGUGUUACGUGUGUGCCGUAUAAUUGUUUGACGGCUCAGAACGCUGGUUGAGGAUCGCGAAAAGCGUUAUAACAAACAACAACCACUAAUCGUACAGAAGCAUAAUCUAAUGGUGCGAGUUGUUCUCCGACUUCAUUGCUCGCCGUUUCCAACGAGCAAUCGCUAUGUUCAAACAUCCCAUCGGUUGGCCUUUUCGAUGUUUCUAUUUGUUCAUAAUUAAAUUAGCGUUCGCUAGAGAUAUUCAAUUCCACAGAGAGGUGCAGUUACGAAACUGGUCCAAAAAAAAAAAAGAAAAAAAACAAACAAACACACAUACGGAUGAUAAGACGUACAUUCGAAGCUUUCGAAGUUAUAUAUAAAAGUCACUUUGUUAUAACUCCUAAAACUGAACAGAAAGAGUGUAAUCACCUUUGAGUAAAUACGUCGUCUUUUUGUUCAACGGUAGAAAAGGGAAAAGAAAGUUCAAAUAUUUACGACCAUACGUUUUCUGUGUCGUGUAUUUUUCAUGACGCCGUCUCAAAAAGGAGUUCCGUUUUUGAAUAUCGAUAUUUCGCAUAUCGUUGAUCCGUGGUGACGAGACACUUGAGAUAUUCGAGCAAGUUUGUUGCUAAAAGAUUUGAUUCUUGAUACUUUUUAUCGAUCUGUUACAUUUAAAUCAUACCACACGAUAGUUAUAUCGUAAAGUGCGAUUUUGAAAUUAUACGACGUGUGAACUCCGUGAGCCGGUAACUCGAAUACUGAUCGAAAUUAUUCGACAUUUGCCAUAAAACCUUGUGAUUUCAUUGGUAUUUCGUUAAAUAUGUUUCUUUUUACGGGAUCUCUCUUUACAUCACUAUAUCUUGGUGAUCAAAAAUAAAAGAUGCGUAAGAAAGGACAAAUUAUUUGUAUUUUUACAUUUUGAAAAGUAAUCAGUAUCGUGUAUAAUGUGUCUUUUAUUGGUUGACUAUUUAAGUAAUCGAUUCAAUCUUCCAGUGAAUUUUUGUGAUCUUUUAAGCAAUAAGGUUCUAUCGUGUAUUACGUUAUAGAGGACACGUCCUGCUACAUUUCUUUUUUGCCAAAGCGGAGAAAAAGAUUUGAGAGAAAAGAAAAGGGGAAAGAGAAACAGAUUUAACAUUAAUUGUAGAAAAUAAAUCGAAGCGAUUAGAUUAUUAUUAUGCGAGUAUGUAUUUUACAACAUUGCCAAACGAUUUUAACGCCCGCUAAAUUUCUUCCUUUUUCAUAAUUUUUACGAUGUGUAGAAGUAGUGAAAAAUUCCUUCCUGUAAAAGAUCGUUUAAUCCUUUCAGAAGCAGGGAUUUUUUUAGACGCCCAACCAUUUCCUUAGAGUGAACUUUUUCACGAUUUAAUGUAAUAAGCUGUAAUACAGUAAAACUAUAUGUAUAGUACGAAAGCUGGGAGGAUUGAACGUUCAAAAUUUAGCAUCGAUUCCUUUCGAGUCUGCGUGGUACAUGAUUUUUCUUUUUUCUUGGAAUUACAAAAUAAGUUCUACUACUUUGUUAACGAAGAACAAAGCAUAGACUCGAAAUGGUCGAAAUGAUCGAAAAGGAACAUUUUUAAUGCCAGUUGGAGGAGUUACAAAUUCGUCGUGCCUUUGUGUCGUCGCGAUCUGGCAUUUUGUUCGUUCAUUUGUACUGCGACGUAAGAUUCAUAGAUGGAUAUUUGGUUAUGAUUUUACGUCGAAGCACACGCUCGGUUCCAUCAUUCGAUUUCACCACCAACGAACCAAGUUACUGUUUCCAAACCGACCACACCAGAUAUUUGGGUGGUCAUGUAUAAUUACUAUUUCUGUAUAAAAAAAAGAACUAUUCCUAUGCGUUUAGUUAUUGUUAUUAUUUUAAUUCGAUUAUUUGUAAAAACAAAAAAGGGAGACAUUUAAUGGAAAAAUGUGCUUGUUAUAGCUUUGUUUGAUAUAUUUAAGUUAGCUCGAAUUUAUCGAGUACAUUUACUUGUUUUCUUGUAAUUAAACAAAUAGAUGAAAUUUGGGAUAUAUCCUUUCUUAUUUUAAUGUUCCUUGUUUCCUUAUCUCAAGAUGUUUUAUCAAGAUUAUUUAUAACUUAUUAUAUAAGGUAUAUUCCUAAUGAGUAUAUAUCUAUAAGGCUAUAACAUAUACCUAUAAGGUGUAUAGCCAUAUAUAUGAAUGUUAAAAUUUUAAGUUAAUAAAUCUAAAUGUGUAAAACGAGCAUUUGUACGAAUAAUUUGCUUCGUUUUUGGUGAAAUUGAAGAUGUAAAAGGACAUUGACGAGUGCCAAAACAUCCAGCUUGUUAUAAUUGACACAAAUGUAAUACGAUCACUGCUAAAUCAUUGCAUAGGAGAUGGUCAAAACACAUUACAGAUUACCCCAUUGUUUUUAUUCAUGAUCAAGUGCGUUGAAACGUUUUCCUGUAAAUCAAGAAUACCAAUGUAGAAGUCAACACACUGAGAUCACGUCAUACAGCGUUUUUCAAAUCUGCCAUCGGUAGACAGACACAACGCAUUUAUCUAAGUCUUCAAGAUGUUAACGCAAACCCUAACCAUCAAGAAUACCAAGCGUUUGUUAUUAGAGGUCUAACCUAAAAAGGAAGACAGAAACUUAAAGACAAGAGAAGACAGGAGCUCAAAAGUUUUUAUUAGGACCUUACCAUCAUCUAAUUAAAAAUUUAAACGAUUUUGAACAAGAAAUAUAAUUUCAAUAAAUAUUCACCAUAUUAUUGGAACUGAAGUAACCAAUUAUUCUCUGAACUGCUCAAACUCCAACCACAGCGAAAUAUUAAUAUUAAUAUAAAAUAAAUAAAGUUGUUCGAAAAGCAAAAUAGUAACAAAAAAUAAAACCAUAAAUUAGUUACAAAGUACACAAGCGUUUCUUCAAGAAAAAGAAGGAAAAUCAGUAGGCAAAAGAUUGUAACGACCUGAUUGAAGAAAUGAUUACGUUUAAAACGUUUAUCAUCCAAACGUGAGCCAAGAUACAGAAAUAUCGGUAGGUAUAUUAAGGUGUAUAACAUCCACAAUACGUUAUCAAAGCUAAAAUUUUGAAGGCAUUGGCAACUCGUUUUUCUGUUUCGAUCAACUUUUCCACGUGCAUACAUAUACGAAAACACUUCCAGUAGCGGCCGAUCGGCCAAUGUGAUUACAUUAGAAUCAAAUAUAGGCGGAAAGAGACAACAAAUUUAUAUAUAUACGAAGUUAUCGAUGAUUAGCGUGAAAAGAAUUUUAUAUGUAUGCACGAUGAUUUGAUGCGUCCAUUUUUGUUAUUCAUUCGUAUGAUCCAAAAAAAUAUUCACGUGUUUUCCGCUAUGCCCUUAACUAUAUAUGUUAUAUAUACUAUAUAAUUAUGUAUAUUAUUGCGUUAUUGUACUUAUAUUUUAUACAAUACACAUUCCAACACUCUUCUUUCGAUAAGAUACAUACGCAUAUAUACAUACGCAUCUUUACGUUUUUAUAUUGCUAUCAACAUAAUAGAGAAAUUUGAAAAUGUGUGCUUGGUAAUUAAUAUUUGAUACGUUUAUUUCAAUAAUGCCCUCGGUGAAUUUGCAUAAAGCGUAUAUAAUUUCGCAGAUUUUAAUUAUGUUCGUUAACCCUCUAUAACCGAUUCUGUGACAUCUUUAGCUGAUUAUUAAUUAAUAUUUAAACGAUAUAAAAUAAAACUGUUAGAAAAUACAAAUGUUUCUUGGUGAAAUUGAAAUUUGUAAGUUAAUAAAUUAUAUGAAAUGGUCCAUGGAGGGUUAAUUAUGAAUAAAAAUCUUUUAUCUCCAAUACUAAAUCCCAUGUGACACAAAUCUACACGUGAUAAAGUUUUUUAAUACUACACUUGUUGCCUGUGUCUUUAAAACAAUUGUAUUAAUCCUCAUCCGUACCUCGUGUCAAUUUGACACAUUUUUCACGUGAAAGAUGAUGUUAAUCCGCUAUUUGUAGAAAAUUGAUCUGACCUUGUGAUUUUUAUUUUUUUAACGUGGAAUAUAUAUGUAUAUGUAUAUAUUUAGUAUUAUUAAGGGCAAAACAUGCGAUAAAAGGGUGUGACAACAUUUGUUACAAAAAUGGCCCUAUCUGUCAAUCUGACACACAUAGUUCUGAUCAAGUCCAUUGGCGACUAGUUCAUUGCCUUGUUAUUGUUGCACAACAAUUAUGCAUUCAUUGUACAUCCCAUGCAGAAUGCAAUUAGACAUGCAUAGCUUUACAUAUUAAAAUUUCGUAUGGGUAUAAAGAAGAGAAGAGGCGUUAUGUCUUCUUUUUGUUCUCUUUGUCACGAGACAAAGCUAAGAACAUUAAUAUCGAAGCAAUGCGAAGUAGAACACGUGCGAAUGAAAUCCGAUACUUGUAAAGAAGAAUUAGUGUGAAUGUAUGUAAACGACAAGGAGAAAAAAAUAAUUAUUUCAUUUCAUUGAUGUUUUACGAUUGUGUCAGUUUGACACACGAGAGAUACAUUAAAUUGUAAAAAUGAGGGCCGGAUGAGGGUUAUGUUAAAACCGCCAGUUUUGAAAACGCGUAUAUGAUUUUUUCGACCAGAAGGACCGACUUCUCCUUCAAUUCUCUUCUGAAAAGAGCAUAUGACAUUUUUAAAUUGAUCAUCUCGUGUCCUUAAGUUCGAACGGGCUUCCUUUUGAUAUUUAUUUCAUUGCGAUAUUUAUUAUUAUCCAUCGUUCAAAAAUGCUGCCAAGAAACAAUGAAAGAUUACAUACUACAUAUGCUAGGAAGAGAGCGAAAACAAGGAAAGUAUCAUGACGAAGAAGAGAAGAGAAGAGGAAUGAAUAAACCUUUGUGAAAAGUCGAUCGAAUA